GAGAGCUACUAAAAUGGCAGAAUCUGCAGUGUCCUUGGCCGGUCAGCAUUUGCUUCCAAAAUUUUUGGAAGCUCUCAAUAUGCUGAAAGAUCUCCCAAAAGAAGUUGCAGACCUUACAGAUGAACUGGAGACCUAUCAAGAUUUCAUCAAUUAUGCUGAUCAAGUAGCUGAAACUGAACAAGAUGGUGGUAGACGUGAUAGAAUCAAAAAAAGGGUGAUGCGGCUGAGAGAAGUAGCUUUUCGCGUUGAAGAUCUCAUUGAUGAAUAUAAGUUAUGUGAGGAAAAGCAACCUGAUGAUCUUGGAUGUGCAGCUUUACCAUAUGAGGUUGUUGACUUCAUCAAGACUCUGAUCCAUCGCAUUCAAGUAGCAUAUAAGAUUCAGGAAGUUAAGUCACUUGUUCCUGCUGAAAGAGAUAGAUUCAAAAGCCAUUUUCCUUUAGAACAAAAGCCAAACAGUUCUAGAGGAAAUCAAAAUGUCACAUGGCACAAACUCCGAAUGGCUCCUCUCUACACUGGGGAAGCUGAGGUUGUUGGCUUUGACGGCCCUAAAGAUCAAUUGAAAGAUUGGUUGAUAAAGGGACGAUUAGAGCGCACUGUCAUCUCUGUGGUAGGAAUGGGAGGACAGGGAAAAACCACUCUUGCCAAGUUGGUUUUUGACAACAAGGAGGUCUUUGAAUGCUUCGAUUGUCGUGCUUGGAUCACAGUUUCGCAAUCCUACACUGUAGAAGGACUGCUGAGGGAUAUGUUGCAGAAGUUUGGCGAAGAAAGAAUGAAUGUUUCUUCGAUGGAUCGGAUGUCCUUGAUAGAUCAAGUGAAAGCCCACUUGCAUUCUAAAAGCUGAAGGGUUUGUCAAAUCAGAAGGGGAAAAAACACUCGAAGAAAUUGCAAGGCAAUAUUUAGUAGAGUUGAUCCAUAGAAAUUUGGUGCAAGUAUGCUCAUUUACCAUUGAUGGCAAACCCAAACGAUGUCGUGUUCAUGACUUAUUACAUGAGAUGAUUCUUACAAAAAUCAAGGAUACAGGAUUUGGUUUGUAUAUUGGUGAGCACAACGAUUCCGUUUCAAGUGAGAUCGUACGACGCCUAACAAUUGCAACAGAUUCUGAUGAUUUGCUUGGAUGUAUUGAAAGCUCAUACAUUAAGUCAAUUCUGUUUAUCACCCGUAAAGAGUUAUCUGAACACAUGGUAAGGAGAAUCCCUACUAAAUACAUGUCAUUGAAGGUACUCGAUUUUCAUCAUGCUCCAUUGAAUUAUGUUCCGGAAAAUUUGGGAAAUUUAAUCUACUUGAAGUAUUUAAGCUUGGGAUACACAAAAAUAGGAAGUCUACCAAAAUCGAUUGGUAAGCUCCAAAACUUGGAGACCUUGGAUAUCGACGGAGCGCUAGUGUUUGUGAUGCCAAAAGAGAUUACAAGGCUUAGAAAACUUGGUCAUCUUCGGAUUAGCCGAAUAUCUUCCUUUGAAGCAGUAAAGGAAAGUCUUGGAGGCCUAACAUCCCUCGAACAGAUACGUACAAUGAGAAUAGAUUCUGAUGGAGUUGUUAUUGCAGAGCUAGGAAAGCUAAAGAAAUUAAGGGAUUUGAGCUUAACUCAUUUUAGGAGAAAAUACAGACUCACUCUGUGUUGUUCGAUAAAUGAGAUGCACUUCUUGGAGAAACUACGUAUCGGAGCAAGGGAUACCAAUGAAGUGAUUGACUUGUCCGAUGUAUCGCUCCAUCCCACACUUAAGAAGCUUUGCUUGAGUGGGAAGUUAGAGAAGUUUCCAAAUUGGAUUCCAAAGCUCCAAAAUCUUGUGAAAUUGUCCUUGGAAUUAUCCUUUUUAACUUGUGAUCCGUUGAAAUCACUAAAAUAUAUGCCAAAUUUGUUGUGCCUAAAUAUUAGCCACCAUGCUUAUGAAGGUGAAAGUUUGCAUUUUGAGGAUGGAGGGUUUCAGAAACUAAAGGAAUUGCGGCUUAAAAAUUUGCAACAUUUGAAUUUCAUCAGUAUCCAUAGAGAAGCACUUCUUUGUUUGGAAAGGCUUGAGUUAAGCGAAUUACCCAAACUCAAGGAAGUACCUUCUGGCAUUCUGCAGUUAGAGAAACUUGGAGUUGUCCAUAUAUUCAACCUGCCAAUUCAUAUUAUGGGAUUUUUUGAUUAUGGAAAUCCAAAGCGCUGGAUCAUCCAGAGCAAACCCAUAUAGAAUGUUUUAAAAUUCUCUGCAAAAUUGCCAAGAUAUGGAAUCAUCAUAAAGCGUCCAACCUUGCAAAUAAAUGGUAGUGGGUUUGAAGUUCAACUCAUGCUGUGGAUAGCAAAUCAUUUGGAUUGCUCUUCUUAGUCAGGGGCUGGACCAGGGCUAACGGACGCUGUUACUCAAGGUGCCAUACUAGCAGCAAAACCAGUUAGUGGAUUCAAGAUAGGAAGAAAAGCUGGGGAGUGGACAACCUCUCACUUUCAUUCAUACUUACCAUCAGAAAAUUACCUCACCUAGGCCUGCAGGUUUCUACCAUCAAUGCUCAAUAACUUGUACUAUUAGUAUUGAUAUGGGUGCAAUUGCUGCUUAGAUUGUUUUUGAACUUUUGAGUUCAGGUUUUUCUCUGCAAGGAAGCACAGUCUGUUGAUGCUGUAGUGGGAACAAUUCAUUUGAUAGGUUGGUUGGUACUCUAGAUGUGUUGUUUGAUAUACUGGAAUUAAUAAUUCAGCUGCACUGGAUUGGAUCUAAGCUUCCUUGUUCUCUUCCUGUUGAUGAACUAUGAUUCAUUUUAUUCAAAGCUGUUUCACUUUUUAAAUGAUUGUGAGGGUUCGGGAACUGUCUCUAAAGGAGAGGUUGCAUCAUUGUGGAAGGUUUGUAACAGCAACUCGGAAGAUUUGGCAUACCUUGAAGAAUUCUACUGCAUUUAUAUUCUAGUGACAAAAGUAAGAAUGUCACUAAAUUGUAUAAAAACCGGAUGGAAUGACCAGUUUGGGGGAAGAAAGUGAAACUUUUUGAAUUUGGAAGAAUAAAUAAAUAAAUUAGCCUAAUAUUAAAAAAAAAAAAAUUAAUGUGUGA